AAACAAUCCAAUAAUCUGAACUAAAAAUAAAAGAACAUUCACCGCGCCAAACUCAUUUCUCUUUGAUUCUGUUUCUCAAUUAGUAAUUUCCCGACAAAAGUUUCAUCCCAUUUUUAGUUUCUUUCUUUCUCUGUGCCACUUUGACAAUGAGAGAAGACGACUCCGACUGGUUCACAAGAUGUGAAGAAGAUCUUCCAUUUCCAGAGGACCUCAUCCCUUUAUCUCAAUCUCUCAUCCCUCCCCAUCUCGCUCUCGCCUUCGACAUUCACCACCAAUCCACGCCCUCUCAAGCCAACUCCUCCGCCGAAUUCGCCGCGGAUUCAGCAGAUCCACUCUCCUCCGGAGCCACCGAAUCAGCACGGACUCUCAAACGGCCUCGCCUCGUGUGGACCCCGCAGCUACACAAACGCUUCGUGGACGCGGUGGCGAAUCUCGGGAUCAAGAACGCGGUUCCCAAGACGAUCAUGCAGUUCAUGAGCGUCGAAGGGCUGACGAGAGAGAACGUCGCGAGUCAUUUGCAGAAAUACAGGGUUUACCUCAAGAGGAUGCAAGGUGGCGGCGGAGGUGGAUCGGAUCCGGUGACGGAUCGUCUGUUUGCGAGCUCUCCCGUGCCAGCUCAUUUUCUUCUCCCGCCGUCUUUUGUCCCAGUCGCAACGCUUCAGCAGCAGCAGCAACAAAUGGUUGCGGUUGGUAAUGUUCAGCUGCAACCGACUCAGUUUCACCAACGUCAAAUCUCAGCCGCUCGUUUUGGUUCUCUGACAAAUGGACAGUUCAGUUCACUUCAGAGAAUGUCUGCACCGUUGUUGCAGAGUUCAGUUAGUAACUAUGUUGAUGAGUUGGAGUCUGCAAAGGCUAAUAAUGGAGGAAGAACAGUCUUGACUUUAUUCCCAACUUGAGACGGUUAAAAAACACUUUGAUCAAUGUAGGCCAAGUACUAGCUGUUGAUAAUGAUCACACUCUUUUGUGACCAUCCAAAUUGAAUCCUUUACAUGUUUCAAAAUGUAGUUUCCAUAAACAUUGAUACAAGUUCUAUGCAGUCUUCAUCUGUUAAACAUUGAUGCAAUCCUUGUGAUCCACUUCAGUUCUGUGUCUGAAGCCUUUCUGGUCAUUGACUGGCUUUAGUCCCUUGUAGCUUCUCCUUUUUGAUUCUUGUGAAGAUAAGAGUUAUACACAUUUGGAAAAAG